CGCAGGGCGCCGCGGCGCCGCAGGGGGUCAGAGGGCCGCCCCCGCGGCUGGACCCCGAGGUGGCCAGGGCCAUGGCGGCGGCGCAGGCCACCAACACGGUCGGCGCGCCCGCCCGCGAGGUCGGCAUGGCGGCGGCGCAGGCCGACGAGGGCCUCUUCGAGGGCCUGGCCGAUGGCCAGGCGGACGGCGUCGGGUGCUUCGGCCAGCUCAGCGACAGCGGCCGCUACGCGCGGAUGGUCGCCCUGCAGCAGCAGAUGGGGCUCGUCGCGCACGUGCCCGCCGACGUCGCCGCCCGCGCCGAGCGGCCGGGCGGCUCGACGCCGAAGGGCUUCUACGAGGCGACGCCGCUGGACCCGAAGAAGCGGAUCCGCGGCACCGUGCUGUCGUGGGACUCGGACAGGUGUUUCGGCUUCAUCAAGGCGGUGGAGUGCAAGAAGGCGUACGGCAAGGACGCCUUCUUCCACCAGUCCGAGCUGGUGGACUCGGAGCGCCCAGGCAUCAAGGCCUCCGUCACGCAGAAGUUCGACAUCGACGAGGGCGAGGAGGUCAUCUUCAACGUCGAGCUGGACAAGGGCAAGCCGCGCGCCCGCGAGGUGGAAUUCCUGAGGAAGGAGCUGCGCGAGCGCGUGUCUCAGCUUGCGAGGUCCGAGAACGCGGAUCUGCUCAAGAGCAAGAAGCUCCGCCAGAUCGAGACGCAGGGCAAGAUGACUGGGCACUACAGAUGAGCGGCGGCGGGCAGAAGGGGGUGGCUCGUGGCUGCUUGCGUCUCCUCCUCCUCCUCCUCCUCCUCCUCCUCCUCCUCCUCCUCCUCCUCCUCCUCCUCCUCCCCCUCCUCCUCCGCAGCUUCCACGGGCGCCGUCCGGGAGCGACGCACCUCGGCCCUGCAGAGCAGGCUGCUGGCCCCGACAACGGGACGGCCAGUCCCGCUUUCUUGUCCUCCGUCGCCUCGUCCGCCAGACCUGUGCUCCGUCGUCGGGGGGGCUGCCUCCCUCCCGCCUUCGCCUCCGGGGCGCGCGGCAGGCCGCGUGUGCGCGCGGCCACGGGUCGCCGCGGCGCUCGCCUCGCCUCGCCGGGUCUCCUCCUUCAAGCAGUGGCGAAGCGGCCUGGCUCGCCGAUGACAUGUUCUCAGAACAUUUCUGGCGGAG